ACAGAGACGCUAUUCCACACCUACUCCCAGUUCUCGACGGUAUCCGACAUUCCGGCAAAGCCCACAGAGGAGGAAAGGACCACAGAAGCAAAGCUACAAGAUCUUCUUGAAAAACGCGAGAGUGUCAUUUCACAACUAUCCCGCCUCCUCGACUCGGAAGCAACCCUCACCUCCUCCGCCCUGAAACAGAACAACCUCGCCCUCCUCCGUGAGAAGCUCGCCGAACACAAGCGCGACCUCGUGCGCCUGCGCAAAACCAUAUCCGAGGCUCGCGACCGCGCCCACCUUCUUACGAAUGUCCGCUCCGACAUUGACGAAUACCGUGCCAACAACCCAGAAAACGCCGAGGCCGAAUACAUGCUCGCCGAGCGCAGCCGUAUCGAUAACAGUCACAACAUGGCUGAUAGCGUCUUGUCCCAGGCCUACGCUGUCCAGGACAGCUUCAACAUCCAGCGCGAGACGCUCGCCAGCAUCAAUCGUCGUAUCACAAUGGCUGCCAGCCAGGUGCCGGGGUUGAAUAGCCUAAUCAACCGCAUCUCGGCCAAGAAGCGCCGCGACGGCAUCGUCAUGGGCGCCUUCAUUGCGUUUUGUUUUCUGAUGUUCUGGUGGUUCUUGUAGUAAGUGAAGACCCGGCAUGGCUGAAAUGACGUCCCUCGUGUGUUUGGUAUGUGUUCUACAAAGCCGUUACGACUGGGGAAUUACUGGCAUAAAGGAAAUGCGGAGGCGUUAUUGGAAUUGUUUU